UUUUUUUUUUUUUUUGACACAGCCCUUCCUAAAAUAUUGAAACAAUUAAAUUUUGCUUCCACUCCAUUUGUAUUCCGCUCCACUCGUAAAUCCGCCGCUGUCACUAAUCAUUACAUAAACUCUUAUGUGCAGUGAUGUCCCUAGCUUCACAAAAUCCAUCUUUUGAGCAUUAUCAGAGAGUGAUAAUACCCAACAAAAGUGGUGAAAAACUUGUUGGCAUAUUACAUGAAUCUUCUGGAACAACAACCAACGACAUUGUUAUUUUGUGUCAUGGUUUUCGUUGCUCUAAAGAUAUCAAUCUCAUAUUGAACCUUGCUGCUGCAUUGGAAAAGGAACAGAUUAGUUCUUUCCGUUUUGACUUUUCUGGAAAUGGGGAAAGCGAAGGUUCGUUUGAGUACGGUAACUAUUGGAAAGAAGUGGACGAUUUACAUGCUGUUGCUCAACAUUUCCGUGAAUCAAAUCGUGUGAUCCGUGCAAUUGUUGGACAUAGUAAAGGAGGUGAUGUAGUCCUUCUGUAUGCUUCCAAAUAUCACGAAAUUAAAACUGUUGUUAACCUCUCUGGACGUUAUGAUCUGAAGGCAGGCAUUGAAGAACGCCUUGGCAAAGAUUAUUUAGAAAGAAUUAGGAAGGACGGUUUCUUUGAUGUGAAGAGGAGUUCAGGAAAAUUGGACUACCGUGUUACUGAGGAAAGUUUGAUGGAUCGCUUGGGUACAAAUAUGCACGAAGCGUGCCUGCAGAUUGACAAAGAUUGCAGGAUCCUUACAAUUCAUGGUUCUUCUGACGAAAUUAUCCCGGUUCAAGAUGCACAUGAGUUUGCUAAGAUCAUACCAAAUCACAAGUUACAUAUCAUUGAAGGAGCUGAUCAUGCAUACAAUAAUCAUCAAGAUGAGUUAUCCUCAGUUUUUAUGAGCUUCAUCAAGGAAACCAUUGACCACAGCAAGAGUACCGCUAGCUAGGUCUUUUCUUGCUUUGCUAUGACCUUCUCAUUUUCCUUGUAGCCGACCCCACAUAUGGGAAAAGGCUUGGUUGUUGUUGUAUUGUUUUGUUUUCCACAUGAUAUUUGUCACAUUAUUUGCCUUUUUAUUUUACCAACCUUCAUUUGACAUUACUAUGAUUAAGCAAAUUAUCUGGUUAAUUCAAACACCUUUCA